AUGGCUAAAACAGCAGCGAAAAGAGCGAAGGCAUAUCGAGAGCGGAUAAAAAAAGAUAAAGUCAAACAUGAACAAGUUAAGGUAAAAGCUCGUCAACGUAAUAAUUCUAUUUUUAGGAAAUUAACAGAUAAAGCAUUAGAAAAUUUUCGUGCUAAUACUAAUUACCGUCAAAGAAAAUGUCGUUUAAAGAAACGUAACCGUUUAAUUAAUAAUAAACCAUCAUCAUUUCAAAAUUGUCAAUCUUUUGGUAAAGCAAUGAAAAAAGUAACAUCUGCUUUACCAAAAUGCGAUAAAAAAAAGAAAGAUGUUAUUCAACAUCUAGCUCAAAAAUAUAAUCUUGUUCCAAAACCUGUUCAACAACGUACACGUGCCAAUAUAUCUAAUCAGAUUAAAAAUGUGGUUCAUAAGUUUUAUCUAAGGGACGAGGUUUCUUAUCAAUUACCUGGUAAACGUGAUACUAUUGUUGUUAAAAAUGAUGAUAACACUAAAAUAACAUAUCAGAAAAGAAUACUUUUGAAUAAUUUACGUGAAAGUUUUGAAUUAUAG